AUGAGGUUUAAAGAGAGCAAUGAUGCUAGAAUACAAGAGGAGGAAGCUGAGAAUUGCCAGGACAUCUCUAAUUUCUUCUUUCUCCUCAGAACAGUUCAGCAGGUGGAGUACCCCUAUGGAGAGCUCAUCAUUAGCCUGGGCUUCUUCUUAGUCUUCCUUUUGGAAACACUGGCAUUGCAGUAUUGUCCUGGAACAGCUGGAGAAUCCACACAGCAGGAAAAGGAAAGUGAGGAAACUCGUGACCUGCAAAUCCACAGCCAUGGACCUAAGCCCACCCACUCCCAAGAUCCCCUGAGGGCCCUGAUCCUCCUGCUCUCCCUCUCCUUUCACUCAGUGUUUGAAGGGCUGGCUGUGGGGCUCCAGCCAACCAUAGCAAUGACAGUGCAGCUUUGCUUGGCUGUCCUGGCUCACAAGGGACUGGUGGUGUUUGGCAUUGGCCUGCGCCUGGUGCAGAUAGGAACCAGGUCCCGGUGGGCCAUGGUCUCCAUUGUGUCAUUAGCACUCAUGUCCCCCCUGGGCCUAGCAGUAGGUAUGGCUGUGGCUCAAGGGGACUCUGAAGGGGGGCAAGGUUUAACACAGGCAGUGCUAGAGGGGUUAGCAGCUGGCAGCUUCCUUUAUGUUACCUUCCUCGAAAUUCUGCCCCAGGAAUUGGCUGGUCCUGGGAAUCUUCUGGCCAAAUGGGGCUGUGUGGCUGCUGGUUUUGCCUUCAUGGCCUUCAUUGCCCUGUGGGCCUGAGUUUGAAGCCCGACUUUCUCACAGGCAUGCCUGGGUCACCCCAGAGUCUCCCAGGAGACACAUUCCAGGGGCUUGAUGUCCCUCACUGAAAUGAAGUGACUUUUAUAGACAUCUUCCUCAUGAACUGAACCCCAAGCUUUCCUCCAUGAGACCUCAUUUCUGUAUGCUAUUUGAGAACAAGGCAAUCAUAUUUAGGCUGACUACCUGUAAAUUGGGACUGUAUGAAGAACAGCCUCAGAUCUUGUUCUUUCCCGUUUGUGCCAUUUGUAAUAAAUGUCCCUUUAAACUU